AUGACCUCCAUAGGAACGGGAUACGAUCUCUCAAACUCCGUCUUCUCGCCAGAUGGCCGUAAUUUCCAAGUAGAAUAUGCGGUAAAGGCAGUUGAGAAUGGCGGCACGUCUAUUGGAAUACGGUGCAAAGACGGCGUCGUCCUCGCCGUAGAGAAGCUUAUCAGCAGCAAACUACUCAAGCCGGGUGCCAAUAAGAGAAUAGCAACUGUUGACCGGAACGUUGGAAUAGUUUCCUCCGGCCUGAUUCCGGACGGACGACACUUCGUUUCCAGAGCCCGUGACGAAGCUUCUUCGUGGAGGAGUACAUAUAAAGGCCCAAUCCCAACGGAUGUGCUGGCCAACCGAUUAGGUGGAUACGUCCAAGCAUAUACCCUAUAUUCCUCCGUUCGACCAUUCGGUAUCUCCGCCAUAGUUGGAGGAUGGGACUCAGAGGCAGAGCUACCAGUAGAUGGACAGGUCGGGUCGGGUCCUGAAUCUGGUUCCGGCGGUAAAGUCAAGGGAGCCAAGGCUGGCGGUCCUGGCUUGUUCAUGAUCGAGCCCAGCGGUGCCUACUGGGGCUACUACGGUGCCGCUACAGGCAAAGGCAGACAGGCUGCCAAAGCUGAACUGGAAAAACUAGACCUCCCAGCUGGCAAGCUUAGCCUGCUAGACGGUGUCAAGGAGGCUGCUAGAAUCAUCUACAUCUCUCACGAAGACAGCAAGGAUAAAGAGUUCGAGCUGGAGAUGACGUGGAUUAGCUCUCUAGAUGGACCUACCAAGGGCCGACAUGAGGAAGUUCCAAAAGAGUUGUUGGAAGAGGCAGAGAGGCUUGCCAAGCAGGCGAUGACCGAGGACGAAGACGAGGAAGAAGAGACUACCGGAGACAAGAUGGAGGAAUAG